AUGGGAAAGGAUGAAGUGAAGGUUUUGAGCAUGUGGGCUAGCCCAUUUUGCACAAGGGUGAAAAUUGCAUUGGCAGAAAAAGGUGUUGCUUAUGAGGAAAUUUUAGAGAAUGACUUGUUUGGUGACAAGAGCAAGUUGUUACUCGAGUCUAACCCUGUCCACAAACAAGUCCCGGUUCUCUUGCAUAAUGACAAACCUAUUGUCGAGUCGACUAACAUCAUCACCUACAUUGACCAAGUUUGGCCAUCACCACCCUUGAUGCCUGCUUGUGCAUAUGAAAGAUCAAGAACCAGAUUCUGGGCUGACUUCAUUGACCGCAAGGUUUUCUCAGCUGGCCGUGGUAUAUGGAUGGGAAAAGAAGAAGAACAGGUGGAGGAAAGUAAGAAGGAGUUCCUCGAUGCGUUGAUGUACUUGGACGGGACUCUAGGUGACAAAGACUAUUUCUCUGGAGACAGUUUUGGGAUGGUGGACAUACUGCUCAUAGGACUAACCUCAUGGUUUUCUGCAUUUGAAAAGUAUGGUAACUUCAAGGUUGAGGAUCACUACCCUAAACUGUCGGCAUGGAUCAAGCGCUGCUAUGCUAGACAAACUGUUUCCGAAUCCAUAAUUGAUUCGGACAAGGUCUGUGACUUGGUUGCCAUGGUAAGGCAAAUGAAUGGCUUAGAGUAAAAGAAGAAGCUUAUUUGGUCAAGAAUACAUAUAUGCAAG